AUGCCAACCAUCUUCGAACCCUGCGCCCCGCCCGAAUCCGCGCUCGCGCGCUACCGCCUCCUAUCGCCCACCGCCGGCGUGCACGUCUCGCCGCUCCAGCUCGGCGGGAUGAGUAUCGGCGACAAGCAGUGGGAGGAGCUCGGGAUGGGGUCCAUGGACAAAACCGCGAGUUUUGCGCUCCUCGACAAGUUUUUCGAGCUCGGUGGGAAUUUCAUCGAUACAGCCAACGUCUACCAGGACGGCUCCUCCGAGCGCAUCAUCGGCGAAUGGGCAGAGAAGCGCGGGAUCCGCGACAGACUCUUCAUCGCCACAAAGUACACACAGAACAUGCACCUGCGGGACAAAGCGAUGCCCACGCAGAAACCGCUCUUCGUCGGGAACAACGCGAAAUCGCUCCGGCUCUCCGUCGCUCGCUCGCUCGAGAAUCUGCGCACGGGGUAUAUUGAUUUAUUGUAUGUCCAUAUUUGGGACUGGGAAACGAGUGUGGAGGAGGUGAUGGGGAGCUUGCAUAAGUUGGUUAUGCAGGAUAAGGUGUUGUAUUUGGGGGUGUCGGAUACGCCUGCGUGGGUCGUAUCCAGAGCCAACCAGUACGCGCGCGAUCACGCGUUGACGCCGUUUUCCGUCUACCAAGGUGCAUGGAACCUGAUGGACAGAGCAAUAGAACGAGAAAUCAUCCCGAUGACUAAAGCAGAAGGAAUGGCGCUGGCGCCUUGGAACGUCCUCGCCGCUGGGAAAUUCCGCACGGACGAGGAGGAGAAGAGAAGAGAGGAAAGCGGGGAGCUGGGACGUCGGUUGUUUGGUGAUUGGAAACGUACGGAGCAGGAACGACGCGUCUGUGCCGCGUUGGAGAAAGUCGCUGGGGAGCUAGGCACAAAAUCUAUCACUGCCGUGGCCAUUGCGUAUCUGAUGCAGAAAACACCCUACGUGUUUCCAAUUGUCGGCGGACGCAAAGUCGAGCAUCUCAUCCAAAACCUCGAGGCGCUGGAGAUAUCGCUUUCGGACGAGCAAAUCAACUAUCUCGAGAGCGUUGUCCCCUUCGACCCUGGGUUCCCUAUGAAUUUCAUCGGCUUUGGUAUGCACUAUAUUCGAGAGUUUACUGCCACUGCGAAUUUCGACAAGGUGCCUCCGGUGCAGCCUAUUCGACCAUCUCCGAAGAACGCGUCGACUUAG